UGGCCUGCGGAAAUGAUCACCAAAACCCACAAAGGAGACCUGGGCCUUGGGCUCCCAGAGAAAAAGAAGAAAAAGAAGAAGGUGGUCAAAGAACCAGAGACUCAAUACUCAAUUUUAAACAGUGAUACUUAUUUCAGUGAGAUCUGUCCCACAAGAGCCACAUCCCCUUCAAAGAGUGUGGUCCUAGAACAGACAUCAGAGAUGCCUCUAGUGAAGAAAAAGAAGAAAAAGAAGGGCCACAGCAUCCUCUGUGAGGAGUGCCUAGAACCUGAGACUGUGUUACGUGCUGGACGGACAGGGAAGUUGUCUAGCUCCAGGAAGCAGGCUCUUGGUUCAUCUGAGUUUCAAGGUGCGGAGAAGAGCAAAAAGAGAAAGUCCUUAUGGCCUCUGGCCAUGCCCCCUGCCUCAAGAGUGAAGACCUCCCCAGACCCAAAAGAGGACGAGGAGGUGACCAGAGUUGACAAGAAACCCAAAAAGCACAAGAAGGAGAAAAAGAUUCAGGAGGCUACAGCCUCCUCAGCCAAGGGCCCUUGGUUCUGUGAGUCUGGGGAUGCUCUAUACACUUGUUCAGUAGGGAAGGAUGGCGAGGAGCAGGCAACCUCAGGGCAGAAAUGAAAGCAGGGGAGCUCCAGAGAAUGCAAUGUGAAGAUGAAGAAGAAAAAGAAAAUCCACCAGAAGGGAGAUACUUCUCUAGGGCACCUUGAGUGCUCUAAGUCUGUAGAGAGAAGCCCUAGGAAAGGAAGUAAGAAGCCAGUCAAAACUGAAGCUCCAGAAUAUAUCCCAAUAGGACAUAACCCCAAAUCCCCUGCCAAGAAGAAAAUGAAGUCCAAGAAAGAGCAGCCAGGGAUUGAGGAACCAGCUCUGAAGAGGAAUAAAAAGAAGGAGAAAGAGAGCAGAGUAGCAGGAGAAUCUUGGGAAGAGGAGCCUGACACAGACUUAGAGGUGGUGUUGGAAAAGAAACGCAACAUGGAUGAGGCGCACAUAGACCAGGUGAGGCGAAAGGUCUUGCUAGAAGAGAUCAAUCGUGAGUCAGGCAAAACAGAAGUUUCUGAACCAAAGAAGUGGACAGGAACUCAGUUUGGCCAGUGGGAUACUGCUGGUUUUCAAAACGAGGGACAGAAAUUGAAAUUUCUCAAACUUAUGGGUGGCUUUAAAAACGUGUCUCCUUCAUUCAGCCGCCCCUCUAACACAAUUGGAAGGCCCAGCGUGGCUCUCAACAAGAAGGCAGCCGACGCCCUGCAGCAGAACCUGCAGCAAGACUAUGACGGGGCCAUGAGCUGGAAGUACAAGCGUGGUGCUGGCCUUGGCUUCUCCUCUGCUCCAGACAAAAUCUUUUAUAUUGACAGGAACGCUUCCAAGUCCAUCAAGUUUGAAGAUUAA